AUGCCCGGAUCGCGCAUACGCGAACAUAAACUGGCUGUGCCACGAGGUGACGCAUUAUCACAAGUGGCCGCCCACACCUACGAAGUGGGUCAAGAGUCUAACUUCGCAGCCACCAAAAUAGUCGCCCACGCCGGAAAUAAAACGGGCCGGGAAUUGACUGAAGCCUGGGCCUCGGAUGAGAACUCCGUCAAUCAGUUUAUCGAUCUGGCGCCGACGUACAGAGCCCUGCGUAGUCACCUCCAGUCCUGCGCCGUCGGUCGAUGA